UUAUCAGCGGAGUUGCGUCAGAAAUGCUUUCGCAACUCACAUUUGCUGUGCAAGGACUGACAGAAUUUACAACGAAGUGUAAGCGUAUCACUUGACACAGUGCGAGGAGGAAGUUGCUGAAGAAGAACCUGUGUUAAAAAGGCAAUGGCAGCAGCAAACAUACUCCAUGAUAUCGAUGUUCCUACAAAGAAGGCAACAUUUGGAAUGGGCUGUUUCUGGGGCCCUGACACGCUCUAUGGUACACUCAAAGGAGUCAUAAGAACAAGAGUUGGAUAUUCUGGAGGCACAAAAAUUAACCCCACUUAUAGAGAUCUUGGAGAUCACACAGAGUGUAUUGAUAUUGACUAUGACCCAAACGAAAUUUCCUUUGGAAAAUUACUUGAAGAGUUUUGGAAAAACCAUGAUCCCACUUAUGGAGCCAAGAAACAGUACACAUCCUUAAUAUUUUACCAUGAUGAUGAUCAAAAGCAGAUAGCUGAGAAAAGUUUUAAAGAAGAGGAAGAGAAAAAAGGCCAGAAGGGCAAAUUUGUCACCAAAAUAUUACGAGCAGCAGAGUUCUAUAAUGCAGAGGACUAUCAUCAGAAAUAUCGCCUGCAGCAGCACACACAGCUUGUGCAAUGGUUGGGUCUGACAUCUGGCAAGAAGCUCAUAAGUUCACAUGCUGCUGCACGUAUCAAUGGAUAUGUAGUAGGUAUGGGUGGUGUGCAAAUGUUUGAGGAGGAUGUCGGUAGACUUGGGCUUACACCCGAAAUAGCAGACUAUGUGCGGAAGUGGGUUACAAAAUAUGAAGGGCGUGGCAUGAUUUGUUGACUAUUCAGCGGUGUAUCAGUCGCUAUUGCUGCAGUAUGUUCUACUGUAUGAAGCCUAGAAUUGUUAGUGGAGUUAGUCCACAGCCUUUAUAGACACACACACACACACACACACACACACACACACACACACACACA